AUGAGAAGAAAAUGCCCGGCUACAUCCCCCCUUCUGCUGCUCCAGCUUCUCCUGAGGUGUUCAGAACGGGGUGGGGGAGUUAAUUUUGGUGAGAAGGAUGCAAAAGUUUCCAGGGCCUGGAGAGAUGGAGUCAGGGUCCCUGGAGAAGGAACCUCUUGGGACUCAGACAGGGCCAGUCCUGAGCUAAGGUACGGAAUAGUAGGACUAAGUCAAAGCAUUUCCACUAAGCACCCAGAGACCAGCCCUAAAGACUCAAGAAUAAGAGAAAAUGAUGUAACUGCAGAUGGAAGGACCACUGAGGACCACAUCACUGCAGACCCAGGGACCACCGAGGACUCUGUCACUGCAGGCUCUUGGACCACAGAAGAUGAAAUCACUAAACAUGGUGACAUUCACCUUCUGCGAACUACUUCAGUCACAGCAGUGAAACCUACCAGGCUCCUGACAUCCAUGGGAAUUAUCCUCAUAUCCCUGACUGCAACCACGGUUACUGUUGCACUCUUUGUUGGAUUGGGCUUCAUUGUGGUGAGUAUUUGUUCUGGGAAUAUUCAGGGCAUCACGGGCACGAAGCCAUCUGAGGAUGAGGGGCGGGCAUGGAGAGCUGAGGCACAGAAGCCCAAGAAAUCGUCAGGCAUGAGGAAGCCAACACAGAGAGAGCUCUGCAAAGGCUCCUGGAAAGACAGAAGUGGAGAGAAAGGAAAAGAGCACCUGGCACAAAAGAUGCAGAAAGCACCGGGGACAGAGGAAGCUGUGAGAGACGGGAAGGAGAGAAAGGGAAGAGAGGCUGAGAGUGAGAAACAUAAGAACACAAACAUGCACCCAGAGACCAGCCCUAAAGACUCAAGAAUAAGAGAAAAUGAUGUAACUGCAGAUGGAAGGACCACUGAGGACCACAUCACUGCAGACCCAGGGACCACCAAGGACUCUGUCACUGCAGGCUCUUGGACCACAGAAGAUGAAAUCACUAAACAUGGUGACAUUCACCUUCUGCGAACUACUUCAGUCACAGCAGUGAAACCUACCAGGCUCCUGACAUCCAUGGGAAUUAUCCUCAUAUCCCUGACUGCAACCACGGUUACUGUUGCACUCUUUGUUGGAUUGGGCUUCAUUGUGGUGAGUAUUUGUUCUGGGAAUAUUCAGGGCAUCACGGGCACGAAGCCAUCUGAGGAUGAGGGGCGGGCAUGGAGAGCUGAGGCACAGAAGCCCAAGAAAUCGUCAGGCAUGAGGAAGCCAACACAGAGAGAGCUCUGCAAAGGCUCCUGGAAAGACAGAAGUGGAGAGAAAGGAAAAGAGCACCUGGCACAAAAGAUGCAGAAAGCACCGGGGACAGAGGAAGCUGUGAGAGACGGGAAGGAGAGAAAGGGAAGAGAGGCUGAGAGUGAGAAACAUAAGAACACAAACAUGCAGUUCUGCCAGCGGCACGGGGGCUUUACCCAGUCAGUCUCCUUCAACUUGCCAUGUAGCUUUCUCCAGAACGAGGCCACCCCCUCGGGGUGCUACCGGGAAGGAGAGUAUGGUUUUGGCAUUUGA